AUGUGUACAUUGCUGCCAGUCAGUGAGCUAUUUCUGGCUGUAGUUUGGCAAGAGAACAGUGAUAGUCAGCCACUGUAAUUAAGAAGACAAACAUGCGUUGAGCGGAAGAGACUUCAUUGUCAGACACGUGGAAGACUAUGCAUAUUACGCUUGUCUUCAUUGUUUGUGUGUGUCUAGCUGCCUCCAUCUCCGGGGUCCCGAGCUGUGUGAUGACCACACAGAGACCUGAGGGGCCUGGUGUUCGUCUGAUGUGUAACUUCUCUCAGUGCGGCGGCUCUCUGGGUCUCAGAGACACAAUAGAGUGGUGGUUUCAGUCAAAUAGUUCAAGUCCAGAGGAUCAUAUCAUCGACAAAGACAUUUGGCCCAAUAGCCGUUGGUCCAACGUCCGUUUCACUGGAAAUUUGUCCUUGGGUGAUUUCUCCAUUCUGCUGCAAUCAGUAGAGUCACUGAAACACACUGGAAAAUACAGCUGUAGACUCCGACUCAAUGGAAUCAUCCAUAAAAACUCCGUCAACGUCACCUUCAGAAUGACCAGGAAUAUCCUUACUGGAUAUUAUCCUUAUACAGUGCAUUCCAACUCAGUGCAUCCUAAUAAAUCCAGUGUCACUCGAUCACCAAGGCAACUGGCUGUGUGCUGUAUUGGUAUCUUGCUCUUCCUGGUGGGCGGAGCAUUAGUGGGGAAGUGGGCGUGGCAUAAAAAGGCACUUCAAAGACCGGCUGUGCAAAGCAGUCAGAAUACUGAUCCUCCACUCCAGGGAAAUCUCAAUGCUGCUGAAGUCAAGGAUGCAAACCUCUAUGUGACACUUCAAAGGAUUAAACCAACUCCACAGCCUGCCCUGAGUCCUGAUAGCAUCUAUGUGUCCAUGCGCUUUAAUCGGGAUGACCCACUGCAUCCGGGGGAGUUGCCGCGCAAGAGAAGCGGUCUGCCCGAAGAAUGGAGGGCUGAGGAGACCGCUGCCUCAUCUGCUGAGGAGAUCGCUCCUGAGGUGACGGAUGCUGAGGAGAUCGCUCCUGAGGUGACCGAUGCUGAGGACAUCGCUCCUGAGGAGACGCCGGAUGCUGACGAGGUCGCUGCUUCUGGUGGUGGGGCCUCUUCACUACCCGAAACAGCUGAUGACAUUUAUGCACGAAUGUCCUGAAUUAUCCAGGACUGCUCUGGCCUCUACACUGCUGUGCUGAGAGUAGUAUGGCUAAAAUAACCAAUGAAUUUUCGUACUGUUAUGUUAAUUCUGCAUUACAAAAAUACUACUACUCGACGCCUAUAAUGAACAACUAAUCGACUACUGAAUAUCACCAGUCGUGAAUGCCCUAGUCCCACCUUGUGCACCUUGACUUGUUCUCAUCUGAACAAACAGUGAUAAGACUUCAUUUACACAUUUUCGGCAUUUCUAUCAUGUAGUAUAUAUGCAGUAAUUUGCUUUCCUCAUACCAAAUUCUGAACAUGAAUAAGUGCACACCUGUAUGGACAGGACAGAUGUAAUACGAUGGCAAAAAUGACAUAAAA